GCGUCUAGUGGCUUGAUAGAAAACAAGGAAGGAAGCCACGACAGCUCCCAUGAUAUCAGUGACGUGAAGUCUUUUCCGAUAGCAGAAGAAACCAAUGAGUCUCUUGUUUGCGGGUUAUCUGAUACGUCUAGAUAAGACCAACACAAAGUCGGUGUGGGCCAUCCAGAGGAGCAUCUUCACUCUUUGUUUGGACGGAGCCAUGCCUCAGGUCUCUGAUGAGACGUACCGCAGCUCUGCCGCUAUCCAGAUGCUGCACGGAGGAGGCAGCCAGUGGAACAGUGGCAACCGCUGGUUCGACAAGACGCUCCAGUUUAUUAUUGGAGAAGACGGGACAUGUGGUGCGAACUAUGAGCACGCUCCAGCUGAGGGCCCGCCGAUAGUGGCUCUGAUCGACCAUGUUGUGGAAUACACGAGGAAGCCAGACCUGGUGCGGACUCCCAUGGUGCCUUUGCCCAUGCCCCAAAAACUGCACUUCAACAUCACGCCUGAGAUCAAGAAGGACAUCGAGGAGGCCAAGCACGCCAUGGACAU